AUGGGGCGGGACUUCCGUCGUCGCCAUUGCAGGCUUCAUUUUGCGGGGGUGGGGCCGGUCCGCGGGCUGUCGCUGGGACUGCGGGAGAAGGGGCGGGGAAGGGCCGGGAGCGUCAACGCACUUCUGCACCCGUGUUCACCCCCGGCCAAUGAGCCCUCCUUCCCGAGCCCCGGUUUCCCGGUUUCGCCGCGAGUCUCUGCACCCCGCCUUCCUCCCACGGUCUUCGGGCGCAUGUUUCCCGGUUCCGACGGGGCCGCGGCGUCGCUGAUGGAUGUGGCGCAAGAAGUGCCAGUGGUAGAUGUGGCAGAACUCUGGGUCAUAGGCCAAGGGCCUGGAUGUGUCCAUUUGACUAUUUUGUUUGUUUUUCAGCUCACCUGCUGGCCCCCUGGCUCAGCUGUCCCACCAUUUCGGAGUCCAGUGACCUUUGAAGAUGUGGCCGUGUACUUCUCUAAGGAGGAGUGGGGGCUCCUUGAUGCAGCCCAGAGGCACCUGUACCACAACGUGAUGCUGGAGAACUUUGAGCUCAUGACUUCACUUGGUUGUUGGCAUGGAGUGGAAGAUGAGGAAGCCCAUUCCAAGCCAAAUGCUUCUGUAGAAGGGGUCUCACAGGUCAGGAUCCCCAGUGCACAGUAUUCCACCCCAAAGGCUGACACCUGUGACUUGUGUGGCCCAUUCUUAAAAGACAUUUUGCACCUGGACGAACAUCAAGGAACACCUCCUGAGGAGACCCCCUGUGCCUGUGGAGCAUGUGCACACCUUCACCAGCACCAGAAGGAGCACAGUGGAGAGAACCCUUUCAUAUGGGACAAGGGCAGGAACUCGUCUGUGAAGAGCUCUAUAGUCUGCCUGUCAGAGAAGCCCUUCACUUGCAGGGAAGGUGGUAAGGAGGUCUCAGGAAGCCAUGACCUCAUCCAGCACCCAGCCCCUGACAGCAGUGGGAAGCCACGUAGGAGCACAGAGUGCCGGGAGGCCUUUCCCCACAGUUCCAGUCUUGGGCAGCUCCCAGAACUUCAUAACACACAGAAGCUCUUCAAGUGCAGUGACUGUAGAAAAGCCUUCCAGAAGAGCUCUGCCCUCUUCAACCACUUGAGAGCUCACUCUGAAGGGAUACCAGUUAGAUGCCCAGCAGUUGGAAAUUCCUUAGAGGAGAAAUCAACCCUUGUUAAUCACCAAAAAUGUCAUACUGGAGAAACAUCUCAUGUGUGUAAGGAGUGUGGGAAGGCCUUUAGUCACCCAUCUAAACUGAGGAAGCACCAGAAAUUUCACAGUGGAGUAAAAUAUUAUGAGUGCAGCGACUGUGGGAAAACCUUCAGCCACAAACUUACACUUGUUCAUCACCAGAGAAUUCACACUGGGGAAAGGCCUUACAAGUGCAGUGAAUGUGGGAAAGCCUUCAGUAACAGGUCACACCUCACUCGGCAUGAGAAAGUUCACACUGGAGAAAGGCCUUUUGAGUGCAGCAAAUGUGGAAGAGCCUUCAGUCAAAGCUCCAAUUUCCUUCGGCACCAGAAGGUUCACACCCAGGUAAGACCUUAUGAAUGCAAUCAGUGUCGUAAAGCUUUCAGCCGCAGUUCUGCUCUCAUUCAGCACUGGAGAGUUCACACUGGAGAAAGACCUUAUGAGUGCAGUGAAUGUGGAAGAGCUUUUAACAAUAACUCUAACCUUGCUCAGCACCAGAAAGUUCACACUGGAGAACGGCCUUUUGAGUGUAGUGAAUGUGGAAGAGACUUCAGCCAAAGUUCCCACCUCCUUCGACAUCAGAAAGUUCACAGUGGAGAACGGCCUUUUGAAUGCAGUGAAUGUGGGAAAGCCUUCAGCAAUAGCUCCACUCUAGUUCAGCACCAAAAAGUACAUUCUGGGCAAAGGCCUUAUGAGUGCAGUGAAUGUAGAAAAGCCUUCAGCCGCAGCUCCAGCCUGAUUCAGCACUGGAGAAUUCACACUGGAGAAAGGCCUUAUGAGUGCAGUGAAUGUGGGAAAGCCUUUGCUCACAGUUCCAGUCUCAUUGAGCACUGGAGAGUUCACACAAGAGAAAGGCCUUAUGAGUGCAGUGAAUGUGGGAAAUUCUUUAGCCAAAACUCCAUUCUCAUUAAACAUCAGAAAGUUCACACUGGAGAAAGGCCUUAUGAGUGCAGCGAAUGUGGGAAGUUCUUUAGCCGAAAGUCUAGCCUCAUUUAUCACUGGAGAGUUCACACCGGAGAAAGGCCUUAUGAGUGCAGUGAAUGUGGGAGAGCCUUCAGCAAUAACUCUCACCUGGUUCGUCACCAGCGAGUUCAUACACAAGAAAGGCCGUAUCAGUGCAGCCAGUGUGGAAAAGCCUUUACUGAAAGGUCCACACUUGUUCGACACCAGAUAGUUCACACCAGAGAAAGGACUUAUGAAUGUGGCCACUGUGGGAAAAUCUUCGGCCGCCUCUGCAACCUUGCUCAGCAUAAAAGGAUUCAUACCUGAAUGGAGCCUUAUGGAAGUGGCCUUUGUGAGAAAAAUCUUAAGUCAAGUCAAAUUUCAUGCAGCAGAAUACUCACAAAUUACCUACAUGUACCAUUAAUAUGGGAAAGGCUUCAGAAGCUGCUCUGCCUUUUCUGAGCAGUCCAGGAAGCUGGGCAGAGCUGUUUCCCCCCUGGAGCAUAAACCUCUUUCCAGUGUGCGUGGAUCCAAAUAUUUGCAGCAGUCAACUACAUAUGCAUGGAGAAAACAGCUCCCUGUGCCUCCCUUCCUCUUUCCUGGAGGGAAUCUGGAUUGUCCUGGGCCCAUUGGAAUGGCUUCAUUCCCAUUGCCUCUGAGAGGGUUAGGGAAUGAGCUGACCCCACGCUGGUCGAGGAGCCUUGAGGGAUGGCCAGUUUGGGCUUCUCAAGAAGAUACCUGUUCCUCAUGGAUGGCAUCAAGUCUGCAUGUAAUCCCAGUGAUGUGUCCAGUGAGCCCACAAAUCACCCUCCCCUGGGAUCAUCUACUUGGUCUGCUCUAUACUGUGUGAUAAGAAAGACUUUAUUGGUCAAGUCA